GUACAUAACCAUCAAGUUUUUACUACCAAAGUGAGAAGAUAUCGGAAUUCCCUUAAAAGGACGCGACAAUGUCCUGUAUUCGUAAAUCUCAUCAAAGGACUGCGUCCGAGGAGUUGAUAUAUCAACAACAGUGCGAGUACGUGAUUGAAGAGAACGCGAAAUUCUUAGGUCUGGAGGGAGAUGUUGACCUGCAGUUUUUGCUGAGGGGCGGAGACCUGUUAAAGGUGAAGUCUGACUCAUGGAAGAAGACCCGCUUUCUACAGCUGAAAGAAGACUGCAAGACAGUGUGGCUGCAAUCCAGCAAGAGAUUCAAGAAACAAAAAAUCUUCAGCCUCGAGGACGUCAACUCUGUGCGGCAAGGUCGCCAGACUGAAGGGCUCAAGAAGUACACUGAGCCAUCAAUGGAGGACCGCUGCUUCUCCGUCGUCUUCAUAGGUCGACGCAAGAACCUGGACUUGAUCGCUUCAUCCAAAGAUGAGGCCAAGCAGUGGGUCAGAGGUUUGGAGAAGGUCAUCGGCAGCAUGCGCAACCUGAACCGCCAGCAGAACAGCCAACACUGGAUCUAUACUUGCAUGCUCAAAGCAGACAAGAAUGGUGACGAUAAAAUGACGUUGAAGGAGGUAAAGAAAUUCAUGCAACAAAUCAAUUUGGAGGUGGACGACAAUUACGCUCAACUGCUGUUUGUGAAAUGUGAUACUUCAAAGUCAGGCACUCUGGAGGGCACAGAGAUUAAAAAAUUCUACGAGCUGCUGACUCACCGCGAGGAAGUCGACGUGAUUUUUAAAAAGUACGGCCAUUAUAAAGAGCAGAUGAGCGCAGAAGAUCUGCUUGACUUUCUCCAGCAUGAACAGAGGGAGCCAGUGGGUUUGGAAUAUGCCCAUAAGAUCAUUGAGAAAUACGAGGUGGAUGAGACAGCCAAACAGAUGAAGCAGAUGACUCAAGAUGGCUUCCUGAUGUAUUUCAACCAUGAGGACGUCAGCAUCUUUAACUCCACUCACAAAGAUGUAUACCAAGACAUGCGACAACCGUUCAAUCAUUACUUCAUUUCCUCUUCCCAUAACACCUAUCUGAUGGAGGACCAGUUGAAAGGUCCAAGCAGCACGGAGGCAUAUAUCAAAGCGUUACUGAAGGGCUGUCGCUGUGUAGAGCUGGAUUGUUGGGAUGGUGCAAACGGGGAGCCCGUCAUUUACCAUGGAUACACCCUCACAUCCAAAGUGCUCUUUAAAGAUGUCAUCGAGGCCAUCAAAGAAUAUUCUUUCAAAACCUCAAAGUACCCAGUUAUCUUGUCUCUGGAAAACCAUUGCAGCGUAGAGCAGCAGAAAACUAUGGCCCAUCACUUAACCUCCAUCCUCGGGAGCGCUCUUCUCACUCAACCCCUGGGGAAUCACAUACCCAGUACAUUUCCAGGACCUGAGGAACUAAAGGGGCGUUUUCUAAUCAAAGGCAAGCGUUUGAAUAAAUUAGCCGCGGGGUUCAAUAAUAACAGCACAGAGGACGCGGACAAUGUGUCUGAGGAAGACGAAUCUGCUGAAGGGAACGAGAAUGAAGAGAAACCCAAAAGCCAGAAGUCAAACAAGAUCAAACUGGCUAAGGAACUGUCAGAUCUUGUCAUCUACUGUAAGAGUGUUCAUUUCAGUAGUUUUGAAGAUUCAAAAGAAAACCAGGAGUUUUAUGAAAUGGCCUCUUUUAAGGAGGGCAAAGCAGUGAAUUUAGCAGAGAACUCGGCCACAGCAUAUAUUCAUCACAACAUGGAUAAACUGAGUCGAAUCUACCCAGCCGGCUCCAGAACAGAUUCUUCCAACUACAAUCCAGUGCCAUUGUGGAACGCCGGAUGCCAAAUAGUCGCUCUGAACUUUCAGACUCCCUGUAGGGAAAUGGAUCUGAAUCAGGGCUGCUUUCUACCCAAUGGCAAGUGUGGUUACAAACUGAAGCCAGAGUUUCUGAGAGACCCAGCAUCACAAUUCAACCCUGCUAACCUUACUGUAGGCCCCUGGCUACAAAAAAAGAACCUGCAUAUCAUGGUCAUCUCAGCCCAGCAGUUGCCGAAGCUCAAUAAGGACAAACUAUCAUCCAUCGUGGACCCUUUGGUAAAAGUGGAAAUCUGUGGCAUAAAAGUUGACAAUGCCAUACAACAAACACAUCACAUUGAAAACAAUGGUUUCAAUCCCAUGUGGAAUAGCAAGUUUAAGUUCCUCGUUUAUGUACCGGAACUGGCUUUGGUGCGAUUUGUGGUGGAGGACUUUGACACGUCUUCAUAUAAUGAUUUUGUUGGACAGUACACCAUCCCUUUCAACAGCAUGCAGAAUGGCUAUCGUCAUGUGCCUUUGCUGACUAAGAGAGGAGACCUCAUCCCUUCAGCGGGACUCUUUGUACACAUCAUGAUUCUGGAUGCUGCAUAGGCCACUGAGGAGGACUAUCAACUGUACAACUAAAAUCUCCUCAGCAAACACAUUCUAGGAAAAGUUUACAUAAGUUUUGGAUAGUUCUUUAACUGCCUAUCCUUACUUACUUUUUAGUUACAAUACAUAGUAAAAUGUCAAUUCUAAAUAAUGUUUUAAUUAUUCUACCCCCGCAAUCAUAAGUGGUGUGUAGAUUCAUCCAGAAGGUUAAGAUGUUACUGUCUGUUACAGUAGCGAUAUUCCUGUUAUUUUAGUUUUUGUCAUGGAACUAUUAUGUUGUGAAACAUAUUUAUUUAGUGUUUAAUAUGGAUUUAAAAAAGGACGAUUUACACUGUUUUAUCUCAAAAAUGUUAUAUUUUAAAUAGUAUUUAAAUAUACUACUAUGCCUCAUGAUCAUUUAACAGAGUAUUUUAAUUAAGUGUUUGUAUAUUAUUUUGAUUACAUAACCUCUGAGGUUGACCAAACGGCAAGCCUUUAUAUAGUGACAAUCUUAUUUAAGUAUCUCAAAUAAGCUUUGUAUUGUUAAAGAGAUUUAAUCGUAAUACUACCAUUCCUGUUUUCUAAAUCUGUGAGAUUUGUGGUAAAUAUAAUGUGAUUUUAUUGUAGGUAUUAGUCUCUUCAAUGGAUUUGCUGACUAUGCUUAGUUUUGAAUAUAACAACACACUUUUAAGUUAAACUCAGGAUACAACUCUCGGACAGUGACCUGUUCACACAAUGUUAACAAUUAUUUUGUCUUUUUCUUUAAUUUCUGAAUGAUUGUGCUAUGUAUGUAUGUAUGGAUUCAUAAUUUAACAUGUGUAUCUAUGAGAAUCUGAACACUAGGUUAGUAUCUAGUUUUUUUUUUGAGUAGGAGAGCUGCACUACAAAUGUCUAUAACAUCAAAGAAAAACAUAUGUAUAAGCUUUAUAUUUUUGUUAAGGUGAUUUCUAUUUUAGGCAUUUUGUAUUCAUGUAGGAAUGUUGCUACAAUUCUACUAGAAAUAUAAAAAUAUCUAAUGUGUUAGAGGACAGUUGUUACACAGGCAAUAAGUGACUACAAAUCGUGCGGUAACAUCCGCUUCUUAUGUCAUGAUGUGAUGUUCUUACAUUGUUCUCUAAACCUGUUUUACUGACAAUGCUAAAAUGCUGUAACAAACGUCUAUAAAUAAAUGUUGUUUCACUAAAUAAAAACAUCUCAAAGUGU